AACAUUCGCCAUUACAGACUUAUCUCACUUCUGCCGCGGCCACGCACCACCUCGCGACAGUCCUUCCUUUGCACGCUCGCUUUUGGAGAUACCAUCAGAGCCGAGUCGCUCUCCGCCGCGCCGCCAUUUCCUGCCGAUACAUAGAAACGCGUCUCAGAAAGUCGGACACGGGCAACGCUCCACCGUCGCACUGGUUGCCCAGACACAACGACCACGAUCCCUCGCCUCGACACCAUGUCUGUUGAGAUUGGCCUCGGCACCCCGCUGGCGGACGCGCUCAGUGCUGCGAUCCAGCCCAAGCUGGUUGAGGUCGGAUGGGGCACAGGAGGAGGCGAUGAGUCCGCCCUCGCCGAGUACAUCAUUCUGAUGCUCGUCAACGGCAAGACGCAAGACCAGAUUGCCGCCGAGCUUUCGGGCGACCUCCUCAACCUUCCGCUCGACGAUCCCGUCGUCCACGAGUUCUCCAGAUGGCUGUUUGACCAGAUCCACAUGCUUAACGCGCAUGGCGGGCAGGGAAACAGCGGUGACUCCAUGGGCGACACUUCGCAAGGCGAUGCCGCCGGGGCAAUGGACACCGAAAUGGGUUCCAGCAACGGGCCAGAGCUGAAUGCGCCCACCGGUCCCCGCUCGAUGCGCAACGGGAACAACAUGAGGGGAGGCCGAGACAAACGAAUGUUUGGGCAAAUGUCCAAAGCCAUGGACCGAUCAAACGACAACGUCCUGCACCGCGUUCGCACACAAACAGGCGGCGAGAGAAUCAACACCCACGGGCGUGCGCCCCCCAGUGGUCCUCGUGGCGGCCGAGGCGGGAUGAUGCGGAAUCACAACAACAACAACCGGGGCAUGCCUGUCGGCCCUAUGGGUGGUGCUCCCGGCGCUCCUGGAUUCCCGCAGUGGCCGAUGCCACAGGGCCACCCUUCUCAGCUGGACGUCAUGGCGCUGCUGGAGCAGCAGAGCCAGAUGAUGCUGGAGCUUUCUCAGCAGAUGAUGAACAACGGAAACCGAGGGUUUGGCCACCAGCGACGGGGCAAGUCUCUGUUUGAGCGGACCCAGGAUCCUCGCCACAAGAAUAACUUUCGCCGUGGCCAGGGCCAGGGCCAGGGCCAGGGCCAGCCCGAUGCCAAUGGGGAGGACUCGAACAUGGAGGGUGGUGCCGAGGGCGAGGAUGUUGACAUGGCAGGCAAGCGCGAGCCUCCGAACCCGGACGAGACGGUUUGCAAAUACAACCUUCACUGCACCAACAAAGACUGCAAAUUUGCGCACCAGUCGCCGGCCGCGCCCCCCGGAGCCUCGGUUGACGUCAACGAUGUUUGCAGCUUUGGCGCCGCCUGCAAGAACCGCAAAUGCGUGGGGCGCCAUCCCUCACCGGCGGCAAGACUUGCGCACCAGAGCGAGCAGGACUGCAAGUUCUUCCCCAACUGCCAAAACCCCCGGUGCCCCUUCAAGCACCCCUCAAUGCCCCUGUGCCGCAACGGCGCGGAUUGCACGACGCCAAACUGCAAGUUUACGCACGUCAAGACAAAAUGCAAAUACAAUCCUUGUCUGAACCCCACCUGUGCCUUUGCACAUGAGGAGGGCCAGCAGGGAGGCUUCAAGGACAAGGUCUGGACUCCCGGCCAGGGACAGGAGCACGUCAGCGAGAGGAAAUUUGUGGACGAGAAUGCCGAAGAGCAGCUGGUUCGGCCAGAGACGGAUAACAAGCAAGAGAUGGCACAAGAUGAAGAAAUCACGGCUUAGGAGAACAUGAUGGGAAAAGGGUACAAGGAGAGACGGGGCCAAAAAGAGAGAGAAGAAAAAAACCCCUCCCGCACAAAAGACGGAGAGUCUCUGAAUACCGCGCAUCGCUCAAGUGAUGCUUUUUCUUUUCUGCUUCGGUUGCUAUAAAAGACGGGCACUACAGCCUCGUGUAUGAACUUUUUGACUUGGGGCUUGGAGGACCUGUACGAUUAUGCUGGACGUAUAUGUUUCUUGUCAGGCUGGGCGUGGCACGGGAAGGCGUUUUGGACUGGGAUGUGAUGUGUUUUCUUUUUCUUCCUAGUUUCUUAGGUAUCAGAGAGUGUGAAGCUUGACGACAAGC